AUGAACCUCAAUGCCUACUUAGAGUUAGCGCGACGCUGUGUCUGCCUUACCGUCGCACCUGCGUGCGUCCCGGCUGUGCUUUCCCUAUUCCAGCACGCUUCAGCUGACCUUGAGCGAGCCUAUUACUGGAAGAAAGGCAGUGGCCUGCUCCUCCUCCAAUCUCGCUCUAGCAAGUCCCUACGCAGGGCUCUCCAAAGCAUUCCAUUCUAUCCGCGAGCUUUCUUACCCAUUAUCGGAAAUAAUGGAAAAGUGGACCGAUUUUCCCUCCCUCCCUAUCGCGUCUGUUCUGAUCCUUCCAUCUGGCCAGUGUCAUCUGACUCCAAAGGGGGCAUUUGUGACAGUAUAGUCCGCAUCCAAACUGAGGCGCCAUCUUCAUCUGCUCUCGACAAAGUCCUUCUGAAGCAGGAUUCAGUUUUGGGUCAGAUGCAAGCUCUGGUCGAUUGUACAGCUCUCACACACCCGCAUCGCCUCGCUUGGUUCACGUUUGCUGACAGUCUACUAGAGAUCCUCAAUACAGUGCGACCAGGCAGUUCAGUUUAUCCGUUCGGUUCUGCUAUCAACGGGCUGGGGUUGAUUUCGAGUGAUCUUGAUAUUAUCGUCGAUUUGGGUCUUGAUGUGCCCUCGCGGCUUCAGUCCUUCUCCAAGCUGUAUCCCAGGUCUGUAGUGAACUUUCAUCUUAACUCAUCUACUCACGGGUUGGCCAUUAUGCAGGAGUUGUUGGGCUACACCGGCCAACUUCACUAUCACACGCUCACCCCAAUACGCCUGCUGCUUAACCGUCUGGAUCCUUUGAGCGCGCCCUGCUCAAGAGUGCUGCCAGGCCGCACCCCGAUAAUCAACUACACGCGUCAUAGAUGCCUCGGUGUGGGGAUUGACAUAGCUCGAAGCUCCGGUGACUUGAAUUCCACCCGUUUGGUGCUUCACGCUGCCUACUGGAUGCGAGGUCUGAUCACCCAAGUACCGGUUUUCCUGUUUCUUGCAAACACCCUCAAGUAUCUAAUGCGUGGUGCCCACCUAACUCACAGUGGACCCUCAUUCAGCUUCACAAACUACAAACUUACUGCCCUCCUGAUUAGUUUCCUUCAAGUGGCGGUAAGACAAGCCCCUGGUGUGGAAUACCUCCUCUUGGAAGAUGACGAGUCUGUCGCAGAACGACUGUUGAUCCCGCUUGAGGAACAUCCUGUCUGCCCUCCAUACGCACCGGAACUCAUGCGCGAGUUCUUUGUCUUCCUGCGAAAUCUGCGACCCGAAAACGUCACCCUCUGUCUCCGGUCCGGGCGUAUUUUGCUACAAGAGGAUGACGCGGCGCGCGAUAGGCCGUUUUUGCACUGUCCCAAUCCCCUGCUCCCAGAGUGGAACAUCACGCACGGCAUCAGUGCUGAGUCCUGGCAGGAGUUAAUGGGCAUUGUUGAGCACAUGGAGCGGGUUUUGGCGGCCUCGCAGUCACGUCGUGAGCCAUGGGGGCUGCCGGCCAUGACUAAAGUCACCAUUUCGCCCACCCUAACCGUGAUACCAACCGAAUCCCACAAAUAG